AUGUUAGUUGUUGAUUUAUCUCAAUUUACUAUUAUUUCUCGUAUUACUGUCGCUGGUCAAUGUUGUGAUGGUACAGUUUAUUCCGGAAGUUGUGCAUCAAUAUCAUCCUGUAAUUUAUAUACUGUCAUUUGUUUAGAUUUUGUCUAUAGUGGAUUAGUAACCAAUUGGACUUAUUGUCCAUUAGGUUCAAAAUCAUUUCAAACAAUAAUUAAUAAUACCGGUUCUGUAAAUUAUCAUUUAAUACCAGAAAUAGCUCCACUUUUACCUCUUCAAUUUCCAUUAAUAUUAACACCUGAUAAUUCUAUCAAUAUUAAGAUUUUUAUCUUUUAUGAUUAUAUAAGAAUCGGACCUUUAUCAAUAGUCAAUCAAAAUACAUUAUUAAGUCGUUUUAGUACUGUAUUUCGAACUGAUGCAUCAUAUCCAUCGGUAACAGCUGGAGUAUUGCAAAGUCAAAUAGUUUAUGAUGAAACAAGAAAUGGAACAGACAAGAAUAGUUUGGCUAUUGGCAUGAAGACUUAUUGUCAAGCAACAUAUUAUGGAAAUCUAUGUUCUGUUCGAUGUAUUCCAAAUGAUGAUUGUACAAGUUCAUAUACAUGUGAUCCAACAACAGGUACUAAAGUUUGUUCAUCAGGAUGGUAUGGCACUGAUUGUGCACUUCGAGAUUCAGCAUAUAUUCAACCAGUUUGUGCAGCUAGUGCAUUGUCCUGUAGUAAUGGUGGUUUUUGUCGAGCAUUUAAUAAUACUAAUCAACCGACAUGUUGUUGUCCACUUGGUUUUACUGGUUUGAAUUGUCAAUAUUUAUCAACAUGUACUAUAAAUGUAAAUUGCUUUAAUGGUGGUGUAUGUACUUCCGCAUAUGAUCCAUCUUUACGUUCAUCUUAUUUUGUAUGUACAUGUGCAUCUGGAUAUACAGGAUUAUAUUGUCAACAACAACAACAACAAUGUCCACCAACAUACUAUGGUCUUAAUUGUAAUACAUUAUGUAUUGCACCAAAUUCAUGUAGUGAAGGUCAUUUUUAUUGUAAUACAAAUGGUGUAAAAACAUGUUUAGCUGGUUGGUAUCCAGCAAAUACUUGUCUAAUGAAAAAUAUUUCAUCAUUUCUUGAUCCGGAAUGUCCUGUAUUAACAGGUUGUCUUAAUGGUGGUUCUUGUUUUAAUGGUUCAUGUUGUUGUCCAUCUGGUUUUACUGGUCGUUUAUGUGAAACAUCUAUAAAUCCAUGUGCAAAUAAUCCUUGUCUAAAUAAUGGUCUAUGUUCAGUAACAACGACAGGAUAUCGUUGUCAAUGUUCAACUUCUUAUACGGGGUCACGAUGUGAAGUACCACUUAAUCCUUGUGAUUAUGCUCCUUGUCGAAAUGGUGGUCAAUGCCUUGUAUUAGCAAAUUUUUCAUUUUAUUGUCAAUGUCCUACAGGUUGGACAGGCCAAUUGUGUGAUAGUCAAAAUGAUUAUUGUCGUUCUCAACCAUGUGCAAAUAAUGGUGUUUGUGUAAACACAGCUACAGGUUUCUCGUGUGUUUGUUCACCUAUUUACACAGGUCCAACUUGUUCAAUUCUUCUUAAUCCAUGUCUUUCACAACCUUGUAUUGCAAAUCAUACACUAAAUUGUAUUAAUAAUAAUAAUCUAACAUAUACCUGUAUUUGUCAAUCGGGUUAUACAGGUUUAACUUGUGCACAAUCAACAGGUUCUUGUUCAUUGGUAACAACACCAUGUAAAAAUGGUGGUACAUGUAUUAAUACAAUAAAUGGUUAUAUUUGUCAAUGUGAUCCAUUAUUUCAAGGAAGUGAUUGUAGUAUUCCAAAUGAUCCAUGUUCAAGUAAUCCAUGUAUUGCAUCUGGUGCUAUAUCAUGUCAAUUGGUCAUAGGUACGACAGGUUAUGCUUAUAGUUGUACAUGUCAAUUAGGUCAUACAGGACAACAUUGUGAAACAGUAUUAAAUGCAUGUGAUAGUAGACCAUGCUCAUUUGGAACAUGUCUUCCAGUAGACAAUAUGUUCAAAUGUGUAUGUGAACCUGGUUGGACUGGACUUCAAUGUAAAGAUGGUAUUAAUGAAUGUUUAUCAAAUCCAUGUUUAAAUGCAGGUAUAUGUGUUGAUGGUAUUAAUGAAUAUCGAUGUGUAUGUUUAACUGGUUACACGGGUCCUAAUUGUGAAUUAUCAGUAAAUGGAUGUUCAAAUUUUUCUUGUCAACAUAAUGGUACAUGUAUAAAUAAUGUUGUAUCUUUGGCAUGUUUAUGUCCUAGUGGUUGGACAGGAACAAAUUGUGAAACAGAUAUCAAUGAAUGUACAACACCAUUAAUCUGUCAUCCAAAUGCUACAUGUAUAAAUACAAAUGGUUCAUAUAUAUGUGCUUGUCCACCAUGGUUGACGGGUGUUAAUUGUUAUACACCUAUUGAUUUAUGUACUACUUUACCAUGUAGAAAUAAUGGUGUUUGUGUUUAUAAUUAUGGUACUACACCAACAUGUCGUUGUCAAUCUGGUUUUACAGGUCUUUAUUGCGAAACUAAUAUUGAUGAUUGUACACCAGCUCCUUGUUUUAAUAAUGGAACAUGUAUUGAUCAAAUCAAUAGUUUUCUAUGUUUAUGUCCAUCUGGAUACACAGGUUUACGAUGCGAAACAGUUAUUAGUCAAUGUCUUAGUUUACCUUGUUUAAAUGGUGGUACAUGUCGAGAUUCAUAUACUGCUACGGGUACAACAUAUAUUUGUCUUUGUUCACCUUUAUAUACUGGCCAACGAUGUGAACAAGUUAAUAAUGCAUGUGCAAGUUCUCCAUGUCUUCAUGGUACUUGUAUUUCAAAUUCAAGCAUAGUUCCAUCAUAUACAUGUCUAUGUGUCAGUGGUUACACAGGUCAAAGAUGUGAAGCACCUAUCGAUCAAUGUUCAUCAGCACCAUGUGGUCCAUAUGGAACAUGUACUAGUUUAUCAACAAGUUAUACUUGUUGUUGUGCAGCAGGUUAUACAGGUUCAAUAUGUACACAAAUAAUUAAUUUUUGUUUAACAAAUCCAUGCUCAACUGAAGGUACACAAGAUUGUAUAUCAACAAUAGCAGGUACAUUUACUUGUUUAUGUAAAUCAGGAUAUACGGGUCGUUAUUGUGAAGCUAAUAUCAAUGAAUGUUUAUCACAACCAUGUUUAAAUGGUGGAAUUUGUGUAGAUUUAAUAAACAGUUAUCAAUGUAUAUGUCCAGCUGUUUAUAGUGGAUCGAAUUGUGGACGUUUAUUAGAUCAAUGUACUGGUAUUGAAUGUCUUAAUGGUGGAAAAUGUUCAAGAAAUGGAACAACAUUGAUUUGUUUAUGUCCUCAAGGAUAUCAUGGUGCUAAUUGUGAAUUGAUUAUUGAUUAUUGUCAAUCACAACCAUGUCAAAAUGGUGGAAGAUGUUCAAACACAGAUUUAGGCCCACAAUGUGUUUGUCCAAAUGGAAUAAGUGGAUUAUUUUGUGAAACAAUAAUUGAUCAAUGUCAAUCUCAUCCUUGUCAAAAUAAUGGAACAUGUAAAUCACUUAUUAAUCAAUAUGUAUGUCUUUGUUCAAGUGGUUUUAUGGGUACACAAUGUGAACAGGAACGUAAUGAAUGUGAACCAGUUAAUCCAUGUUUAAAUUCUGGACGAUGUAUUGAUCAAUUUAAUAAUUUUUCAUGUGUUUGUAAUCCAGGUUUUACGGGUUUCUAUUGCGAAAUUCAAAUUGAUGAUUGUCAAUCGAGUCCAUGUUUGAAUGGUGGUGUAUGUCGAACAUUAAUUAAUAGUUAUAAAUGUGAUUGUCCACUUGGAUAUAAUGGAACAAGAUGUUCAACAUUAAUAAAUUAUUGUUUGAGUAAUCCAUGUUUAAAUAAUGGUUUAUGUAUACCAGUUUUGAAUGGUUAUCGAUGUGUUUGUCUUGAUGAUUAUAUUGGUUUAAAUUGUGAAAAUAAAUCAAAUGAAUGUUUAUCAAAUCCAUGUUUAAAUAAUGGAACAUGUAUAGAUCAAAUAUGGAAUUAUACAUGUCAAUGUUUACCUGGUUAUCAAGGAUCAAACUGUCAUUUAUUAAUGGAUUAUUGUUUAAGUUCACCUUGUAUAAAUGGUAUUUGUAGAAAUAAAAUUAAUGGUUAUGAUUGUAUAUGUCCAUCAUCAUCCUAUACGGGUAUUCAUUGUGAAAUACAAAUAAAUAAAUGUGCAUCAAAUCCUUGUAUGUCAAAUGCAACAUGUAUUGAUGGAAUCAAUCGUUUUAUAUGUUUAUGUUCACCAUGGUAUUCUGGAUUAGAUUGUUCACAAAAAAUAAAUCCAUGUUUAAGUCAAACAACAUGUGCAAAUAAUGCAACAUGUAUAGUUAAUUAUGAUAUUAAACCUUAUGGUCAUACAUGUCAAUGUUUACCUGGUUUCACGGGUGAUAUGUGUGAGAUUGAUAUUGAUGAUUGUGCAACACAACCAUGUCGACGUGGACAAUGUAUUGAUAGAGUUAAUGGAUUCAUUUGUACUUGUUAUUCAGGAAGUGAUGGAGUUUUAUGUAAUAAUGAUGUUAAUUUUUGUGCAAGUAAUCCAUGUGUUAAUAAUGCUACAUGUACAUCAUUAGUAAAUGGAUAUCAAUGUUUAUGUACAAGUGGUUUUCAGGGAACAAAUUGUGAAUUAAAUAUAACUCAACCAUGUUUAAGUAGUCCUUGUUCUCAUAAUGGUACAUGUACAAUUGUAUCAAGUAUUGGUUUUCAAUGUUCUUGUCCAUACGGUUAUGCAGGUCCACAAUGUGAAUUAACGAUUAAUGCAUGUUCAUCAAAUCCAUGUCGUUUUGGUACAUGUCGAGAAGUUGCACCUGGUUAUUAUUAUUGUUUUUGUUCACCUGGUUACACAGGAUUAAAUUGUCAAACCGAUAUCAAUGAAUGUUCAAGUGUACCUUGUUUAAAUAAUGCAACAUGUGUUGAUAUGAUUAAUGCAUUUAGUUGUACUUGUUUAAAUGGAUAUUCAGGAUCACAAUGUCAAUAUGGUGGUUAUCAAUGUAGUUCAGGACCUUGUCUUAAUAAUGGUACAUGUAGUUUCACAGGUAUCAAUUAUCAAUGUACAUGUCCACCUGGUUUAACAGGAAAUCGUUGUGAAAUUGAUAUCAAUGAAUGUGCAUCAGCACCAUGUCAAAAUGCUGGUAUUUGUUUACAACCAAUAUUAAAUAGUUAUCAAUGUCUUUGUCCUACAGGUUAUUCUGGAUCGAAUUGUGAAGUAGUACUUGAUCCAUGUUUAGCUAUGACUUGUUUUAAUAAUGGUUCAUGUAUACGAACAAGUUCAUCAGCAGGCACAUGUUCAUGUUCAUCUGGUUUUACAGGCCCUCUCUGUCAAAAUACUGUAAAUACUUGUUUUAGUUCACCAUGUCUAAAUGGAACAUGUAUACCAAUAAUUAAUUCAUAUCAAUGUUAUUGUUUUCCUGGUUACACUGGUGUACGAUGUGAUUCAUUAAUCAAUGCUUGUUCAUCAAAUCCAUGUUUUAACAAUGGAACAUGUAUAAAUCAAAUAAGUUCAUAUGCAUGUCAAUGUCCAUAUGGUUUUCAAGGUUCAACAUGUACUGUACGUAUGCAAGCAUGUCAAUCAUCACCAUGUUUAAAUGGUGGUACAUGUAAUGAUCUUGGUCCUGGUCUACUUAAUUGUACAUGUCCAAUAUCAUAUCGUGGAAUAUUUUGUCAAUUAAGAGAUACAUUUUGUACACAAUUACCAUGUAAAAAUAAUGGUGUUUGUAUUGAAGCAUUAAAUGGUUAUCAAUGUAUAUGUCAACAAGGUUAUGAUGGUGUUAAUUGUACAAAUAUAAUUCAACCAUGUUUAUCAAAUCCAUGUUUAAAUAAUAGUACAUGUUUAAGUGUUAUGAAUGGACUUGGUUAUCAAUGUUCAUGUCGAAUUGGUUAUGCUGGUCUUCGUUGUGAAUCAGCUAUGAAUUGGUGUUCAUCAAAUCCAUGUUUAAAUCAAGGAACUUGUAUAUCACAAACAACAUCAUUUAUUUGUAUUUGUCCACCAACAUAUGCAGGUAUUAUAUGUCAAACAUUAAUAAGUAAUUGUUCAACAUUAACAUGUGGAACUGGUAUACCUAUAACAACAAGUGCAACAAAUUGUACUUGUCUAUGUUCAAGUGGUUUUACUGGAUCUCUAUGUCAGACACCAAUUAAUUUAUGUUCAAUAAGAUUAGGAAAUAGUUCAUAUUGUAUUCGUGGUACAUGUAAUUAUCUUGGAGCUGGUUUAGCUUCAUGUACAUGUCCAACUGGUUACAGUGGAUUACGUUGUGAUACACGUAUAUCGAAUGGUGUAUGUGCGUCAUGUCCUUGUAUAUAUGGACAAUGUCGAUUACUAGAUGAUACAAAUACUUAUGUAUGUGAUUGUAAUCCGGGUUAUAGUGGUUUACGUUGUGAAACAUCAAUCAAUUUAUGUUCACCAUCACCAUGUCUUUAUGGACAAUGUAUAAUAGAUGGAAUCUAUGGUUAUCGUUGUAUAUGUUUACCUGGUGCAACUGGACUAAAUUGUUCAAUAUUAAUUAAUACAUGUACAUCAAAACCUUGUUUAAAUAAUGGUGUUUGUGUACAAGGACUUAAUACAUAUCAAUGUGUUUGUCAAUCUGGUUAUGCUGGUGUUAAUUGUGAAAUAUUAAUUAAUCAAUGUACAUCAUUACUAUGUUUAAAUAAUGGUACAUGUAUUAGUCUUGGAACAACACCACCAAGUGCACAAUGUCAAUGUUUACCAUUAUUUACUGGUCUUCAAUGUCAAUAUCCAUAUGCACCAUGUGCAUCACAACCAUGUAAAAAUUUAGGUACAUGUGUAGCACAAAGUACAUCAUCAUAUAUAUGUUUAUGUCCAAGUGGAUUUUCAGGAUUGAAUUGUGAAAUAGGUCUUAGUGUAUGUUUAAGUCGACCAUGUUUAAAUGGUGGUACAUGUAUGGAACCCACAUCAAAUUAUUAUAUAUGUCAAUGUCCAUGGCCAUACUAUGGUGUUAAUUGUCAAUUAGCAUGUAAUCCUUGUGUAAGUUAUCCAUGUCGUGGACCAUUAUCACAAUGUGUAUCAUCAGCAAAUUCUACUAAUUAUACAUGUGUAUGUGCAGAUGGUUUUAGUGGUACAACAUGUGCAACAGCAUAUGAUGCAUGUGUAUCCAAUCCAUGUAGGAAUGGUGGUACAUGUGUACGAACUGGUCCUACAACAUAUACAUGUGCUUGUCCGGCAGGUUUCAAUGGAAGUUAUUGUGAAACUCAAAUAAAUCCAUGCUCUUUUUAUCCAUGUGCAGCUGGUACAUCAUUAGUAACAUCACCAAUAACUUGUCAAUGUCAAUGUCCAUAUGCAUAUUCUGGUGCAUUAUGUCAAAUAAAUGCUUGUCAAACAAAUCCUUGUUUAAAUGGUAAUUGUAUUGCAAAUGGAAAUUAUUCAUAUACAUGUAAUUGUCCAGUUGGAUUUCAAUAUAUUAUGGGAGUAUGUGCGGAUAUAAAUGAAUGUACAACAAUUCCAGGUAUUUGUGCAAAUGGUGGUAGAUGUUUAAAUUCCUAUGGAUCAUAUUUAUGUUUUUGUAAUUCGGGUUUCUAUGGAACAAAUUGUGAAAUUUAUGAACCAUGUCGAUCAUCACCUUGUAUAAAUGGUGGUAGUUGUGUAACCAUAGGAAAUUAUCCAUUCUGGCAAUGUAUUUGUCCAAUAUCUUUUACAGGUUCUCGUUGUGAAAUAACAUCUGUUGGUUGUUCAGUAAAUCCUUGUCGAACAGGAACAUGUGUAAGUCUUGCAAAUGGUGGAUAUCAAUGUUUAUGUCCAUUAUCAAUGACUGGUCCUAAUUGUGAUAUACCAUUCUUACCAUGUUCUUCCAAUCCAUGUUUAAAUAAUUCAACUUGUUUAACAUUAUCUUUAACAAAUUAUACAUGUAUAUGUCCACCAUCAUAUACAGGUGUAAGAUGUGCACAACAAGUACUUUAUUGUCCAAAUAAUCCUUGUCAAGGCAAUGGAACAUGUAUUGUUAAUCAAUUGACUGGUCAACAAAUUUGUCAAUGUACAUCGGGACGUUAUGGUGUUUAUUGUGAAAUUAUUUCACCUUGUGGUUCAAAUCCAUGUGUACGAGGUACAUGUCAUAAUAUAAAUUCUAUUUUAUAUCAAUGUACAUGCGAACCUGGUUUUACUGGUACUUCAUGUGAAACACCAUAUGAUGUAUGUACAUCAAAUCCAUGUCUUAAUGGUGGAACUUGUACGAAUUUAGGUAGUGGAUUAUAUACUUGUACAUGUCCACCAUCAUUUACAGGUUUAAAUUGUAAUAUUCCACUUUGUGUAACUGAUAGUUGUUUUAAUGGUGGUACUUGUUUAAUUCGAAAUGAUACAUUAAAUUGUCAAUGUCCAUGUGGAUUUACUGGAUCUCGAUGUGAAAAUCCAUUUGAUAUAUGUUCAUUAACUAUAUGUCAAAAUAAUGGUACACGUAUUCUAAAUGCAACAGGAUGUCGAUGUACAUGUUUAUGUCCAUCAGGAUAUACUGGAAAUCUUUGUCAAUCAACAAUUACACCUACUAAUACAACUUAUCCAGGACAAAUUAUUAUUCCUAUUGAUCGACCAGGAGGUUCAUCAUGGGAAAUUAUCUCACAAUGUGUCGAUCAAGUUUGGAAUAGUUUGAAUGUUAUACUCAUAUGUAAUUCACCAUUUACACUUGUUAGUCCAACCUCAUUUUAUCCAUAUUGCUAUCAAAUAAAUCAACAAUCAUCUCUUGUCAGUCAAUUAAAUGCUAUACAAGAUUGUAGUGAUAAAUCAGCUCAACUUGUUUGGUUUCAAUCUAUUGAUGAAAUACAACAACAAUUAAUUCCAGCUUUAUUUGCUCGUGGUUUAGCUCGAGAUUUUUGGACAAGUGGUAUCUAUAAUCCAUCAGUAAAUCGAUGGCAAUGGUUAUUAGCAACUAAUAAUACUCGUAUUGAUAUUGAUUCUUCAAUUUUAACUCAAUUUGGAAUAACUGCUUUGACUGGUCAAUCUAUUCGUUAUUCAUUUGCACAAUUAACUAAUCGACGUUUAGUAACAGGUUCUUCAUCCGAAACAUAUUCAACACUUUGUAAAAUAUCUGCAACACGUCUUCCAUUAAAUAAUAUAACACGUGUAAUUGAUCUAACAUCACAACAAUAUGGGCUUCAUAAUCAAUCACAAGUUAUUACCUAUAAUUUUAAUUAUACUAUAUUCUCAACAAUUCCAUCCGGUAUUCUAAUACAACAACCAACAGCUGCACAAUAUGCAGCUAUGUGUGGUGCUAUUGGUACUCCAUCGACUUCUGUUAAUCCUUAUAUUAUUGAUAUUUGUGGUUAUUUUCCAUCAAUAACCGAUGGUAAUGUUCAAUUAUUAAUGCAAACAAUUUCUUCAUAUUAUACGACACAUCGAAUAUCAAUUAUGUCAACACAAAAUUUUGUUGCAAUUCCAUUACGAGUUGAACAUUUUACAACCAUAUCCGGUGAUUUAAUGACACGAAUAAGUUUUAUAAUAACAAGUGGUUCAUCAGUUGUUUUGGGUUCAAAUAUUGAACCAUUAGCAUCAAUUAAUGAUAUACUCAAUGCAGUAAACUAUCGUGUUUACCAACAAUGUACACCUUAUAUAUCUACGAGUAUUCUUUUGCCAUUAAAAUUAUGUAUUCCAUUUAAUGAAAUAUCAUUAUGGACAAAUUUAAUUGCAAGUGCUGUUUCAAUAGCAACAGGACAAUCAAGUGUAACUGUUAUGCUUAAAGGUGUUCAACAAGGUGUUACAUCAACAGGACAACCAGCAAAUACGGCCUAUUUUCUAAUAACAAUAAAUGGAAUGACAUAUAAUCAAACAUUAAAUAGUAAUUUAACAUCAAAUCCAAUAUUAAUAUCAACUAUAACACAAACGAAUAGUCAAUUAUUAUGUUCAAAUCAAACACAAAUACUUCCAAUGCAAAAUAGUAUUCAAGAUUUUUAUGCUCCAUGUCCUAUACCACAAAUACUUCAAAGACAAUUAAAUAAUGCAUUACAACAAGCUGGAAUUUAUACUAUUAAUAUGACAAUAUUCGGUGUUGAAGAAGCUAUUGAUAAUCUUGGACAAAUCUAUCGGUUACCUAAUAUAUUUAUUCAACAUCAAAAUGGUACAUGGUUUGAUAGUCCAUUACAAUUAAAUAAUCAAUUAUAUCAAAUUUUAAUAUCUGUUCAAAUGCAACGAAUACUAACACGCAUUUAUCGUUUAGCAAAAGCUUAUUCAUAUUUCUAUACAAAUCAUUUAACAAUAAAUGAUCGUGAUUAUUUACAAAGAUUAAUUUUAACAACAUAUAAUCAACAAAAUACAAUUACAAGUAAUAGUGUGAGAGUUAUGUUAGAAGAUCCAUAUUUAAAUACAAGUUCAUUAUCAACAAUUGAAAGAGUUUAUGCAUUUUUAUUUUAUAAUGAUCAAGAACUUGAUGGAAGAUAUUUAUCAGCAUUAAUUUUAUCACCAACACAAUUUACUGGUCCUUAUUAUAGUCAAAUUCCAUUGACUUUUGUAUCAAAUAUAAUACCAAGCAAUGUUGUUAAACAACGUGAUGUACAAUUAAUAACAUUUACUGGUAAAAUUAGUCGAGCAUUAGCACAAACUGCAUUGGUUGAUUAUUGGCAAAAUCCAGCUAAACAAGGAUUAACAAAUGCAAAUGUUUAUAUUUUACAAUUACAACAAUAUUUUGUCUAUUCGAUCAAUCAAUUUUAUACAACAAUAACUUAUAUUGUUAUAACAUCUGAUGGAUAUAGCGUACCAAGUGCAUGUUUUAAUCCAAAUUUAAUGCAACCAUUAAAUGGUUUAUGUGAUGCACCGAAUAAUUAUGUCGCACAAGUACCAUUAAGUUAUACAGCAUCAUUUAUUGAUUUAAGGGGAAAUUAUUUACAAGCUGAUCUUAAUCAUGAUAAUUUCGAAACAUUAAUUACAUCAGCAUUACAAAGAACGGGACUUAGUAGUACAGUUUCAUCUACAUUAAUUGAACCCCGUUUUGGUUUGGAUAUGUCAUUAAUAACAAGAGUUUAUUAUAUGGUUGUACCUAGUCAAGUUAUUACACAAGAACAAAUACAAGUUCAAUUAAAGUCGAUUUUUUCUACAAUGCAACCAAUAAAAUAUGAUUUGUAUCCUAGUGGACAAUUAUCUGUUGCACAACGUGAUACUCAUCAAUAUAUUGCUAAUGUUUCAUUACCAUUAACAACAGCUAUUCGUCAAAAUAUUGAAAACUAUCUUACAUCAUAUAAUCGACAAUAUGGAAUUGCAAAAAUAGUUUAUGCCGAAACUUUGAAUACUUAUCAAACUCGUUUUUAUCUUGUGUUUCUUAACGAUACGCAAAUUUUAACUCGAUGUGAUUUCUUUCUAUAUUAUCCGGGCGUUACGAAUAUUAAUAAUGGAACUGGUGGAAUUCAUAGUCUCUAUCUUGAAAGAAAUGUUUUUGUUGCACAACCACUUGCACUUGCUAGUGGUCUUGCACAAAUUUGGACAAAUCAAAAUCCAAAUGUUCAACCAGGAACUUUACUUAUUCA